AAAUAUUUAUCGAGUUUAUAUUCGAUCACGUGAUCCAAACGUGCUCUUGUUCAAAGCUAACGACCACGCUGCUCCUAUUUGUAACCAUCUUUCUGUUCCCCAACUUCAGAUCCUUCCAUCUCCUCCAAUUGCUGGGCUCCCACGUAUCCGAUCGAUCAAAACUCCAAUCUUCUUCACUCAGAUCGUCUGGAAUGGCAGAAUCAUGGUGGAAUUCGAUCAGAUCGCUCGUACGACGCAAGCUUCGGCGACGGAGUAUUACCUUCAUGACCUGCCGUCUUCCUACAAUUUGGUACUGAAAGAGGUGUUGGGAAGAGCACGGUUCCUGAAAUCCAUACAGUGUAAGCAUGAUGAAGGAUUGGUUUUAGUCAAGGUUUAUUUCAAGCGUGGUGACUCGAUUGAUCUUCGGGAUUAUGAACGAAGAUUGACUCAGAUUCGUGAGAUUUUUAGCCGUAUUGAGAACCCUCACGUUUGGUCAUUUCAGUUUUGGCUUGAGACCGAUAAAGCUGCUUACUUGUUGAGGCAAUACUUCUUCAAUAACCUUCAUGAUCGACUGAGUACGCGACCUUUCCUCAGUCUUGUUGAGAAGAAAUGGUUGGCUUUCCAGUUGCUUUAUGCAGUGAAACAGAGUCAUGACAAUGGAGUUUGUCAUGGUGAUAUCAAAUGUGAAAAUGUGCUGGUUACUUCUUGGAACUGGCUUUACCUUGCCGACUUUGCAUCAUUUAAACCAACCUACAUUCCUUAUGAUGAUCCCUCUGAUUUCUCGUUUUUCUUUGACACUGGAGGAAGGAGGCGCUGCUAUCUUGCACCGGAGAGAUUUUAUGAGCAUGGAGGUGAGAUUCAAAUUGCACAAGAUGCACCUUUAAGGCCAUCAAUGGACAUAUUUUCUGUUGGGUGUGUCAUUGCAGAACUUUUCCUUGAGGGUCAACCCCUCUUUGAACUAUCACAACUGCUUGCAUAUCGAAGGGGGCAAUUUGAUCCUAGCCAACAUUUGGAGAAGAUUCCAGACUCAGGAAUCCGCAAGAUGAUUCUUCAUAUGGUUAAGCUUGAUCCUAAUUCACGAUGUUCUGCUGAGAACUACCUGCAGAGCUAUGCAGGUGUUGUGCUUCCAUGCUACUUCUCACCAUUCCUGCAUAACUUAUAUUCAAAUUUGAAUCAGAUCAGCCCUGAUUCUAGGGUAGCCAUGUGCCAGCUAUCUUUUCCAGAAAUUCUUAAACAGAUGUUAAGCAACAGAGCAGGUGAGGAGACUGUUGUUGGACUGAACUCUCCUAUAAAUGUUAUAGAUCGCCAAUUAUCACAAGUGAUGGAUUCUAGAGAGAAUUUGGGUUUGACAAAAAAAACCUCACAGAUGGAGGAGGAGAAAGAUUUGACUCCUGGUCAUUAUGAACUUUAUGGGGAAGUAGAUAAUCAUUAUACUGACAUAAAACCAAAAGCGGAGGAUGUUAUAUUUUCUGAAAAUACUCAUAAUCACAAACGAUUUGCCGUUCAAUCUGCUGGAAAGCUACUUCAAACCAUCUCCAAUGUAUUCAAAAGGAAUCACCAUCCAUGUCUGAAAGAGAUCAUGAUUAGUGAUUUGAAUUCUUUGAUGUCUGAUUAUGACAAUCAGUCAGAUACCUUUGGGAUGCCAUUUUUUCCAUUACCACAGGAUAGUAUGAGUUGUGAAGGGAUGGUUUUGAUUGCCUCACUGCUCUGUUCUUGUAUUCGCAAUGUCAAGAUGCCUCAACUUAGGAGGAGUGCUGUGCUUUUAUUGAAGUCAUGCUCAUUAUAUAUAGAUGAUGAAGAUCGAUUGCAACGAGUGCUUCCAUAUGUGAUUGCAAUGCUUUCUGAUUCCGCUGCAAUCGUUCGAUCGGCUGCCUUGGAAACUCUGUGUGACAUCCUGCCUUUAGUCCGAGAUUUUCCUCCGAGCGAUGCUAAAAUCUUUCCAGAGUAUAUUCUUCCUAUGCUUUCCAUGCUUCCUGAUGAUCCAGAGGAAAGUGUGCGGAUCUGCUAUGCCAGCAAUAUUUCUAAGCUGGCCCUAACUGCUUAUGGCUUUUUAAUUCACUCAAUAAGCUUGACAGAGGCAGGGGUUCUUAACGAUUUAAGUUCAGGGCAGAAGUCGGAAGUCUCCCAUGAAAUACCUGGACGCUUGCAGAAUCAAAAAAAUGAUGCACAGCUUGCACAGUUGAGGAAAUCCAUAGCUGAGGUUAUUCAAGAACUUGUAAUGGGUCCAAAGCAAACUCCAAAUAUUAGGAGAGCACUCUUGCAAGAUAUUGGCAACCUUUGCUGGUUCUUUGGUCAGAGACAGAGCAAUGACUUUUUGUUACCCAUCCUUCCUGCAUUUCUUAACGAUCAAGACGAGCUCCUAAGAUCAGUGUUCUACAGGCAGAUAAUUUAUGUUUGCUUCUUUGUUGGUCAACGAAGUGUUGAGGAGUAUCUUUUACCAUAUCUUGAACAGGCAUUAGGUGAUUCAACGGAGGCAGUCAUAGUCAAUGCACUAUAUUGCUUGGCCAUUCUGUGCACAAGUGGUUUUCUGCGCAAAAGAAUAUUGCUUGAGAUGAUCGAACAUGCAUUCCCGCUGUUAUGUUAUCCUAGUCAAUGGGUAAGAAGGUCAGUAGUAACCUUUAUUGCAGCUAGUAGUGAGAGCCUAGGUGCCAUUGAUUCUUAUGUGUUUCUUGUUCCAAUUAUUCGCCCUUUUCUCCGUAGACAACCAGCUUCUUUAACUUCUGAAAGAGCUCUUUUUUCAUGUUUAAAGCCGCCAGUCUUAAGACAGGUAUUUUACCAAAUCUUAGAAAACAACAGGAGUUCAGACAUGUUAGAAAGGCAGAGGAAGAUAUGGUACAACUCACCUGCACAGUCCAAACAUUUGGAAAAUGACGACCUGUACCAGAAAGGUGUCCGAGAGUUGGAUCAGAUGAAGAUGUGGUCUGACCGGCGACCUGGUCUUCAGGAUCAUAAGUCUGUUAGCAGCACCAUGCAGUCACUUAGUCUUGGUGAAAAUGAUGUCGAGGCUAAGUUGAGAUCCAUUGGAAGCUUUGCUCAUAGUGCUUCUGGCACAGUUGAUAUUUUGGAUCCCCUAUUUUCAGAUAAGUUGAAGUUUUCUGGCUUUAUGUCCCCACAAAUAAGUGGUGCAACCAGUUUGGUUGGUGAUAAAUCUUCAGAAGGUAUACCGUUGUACUACUUUAAAUAUGAUAACAAAAGAGCAGUAGGAAAGGCUCCAUCUGCUCCUGAAUCUUCAUUAACAUUGGAUGCCUUAGGUUCUGGUUCAUUAUCCAUUCCUCAGAAGGAUCGUGUUAACAAGUCCUUUACCUUGGCUAGUUCAGUUCCAACUCCUAAGCUUGUCUCAAGCUCAAUUGGCAUUGCUAAUAGUUCUCCUCAACUUCAUAGAGUGGUACACGAGUUGGAAGAUAGGGAAUCGGAUCAGACAUCCCAUCUCAGCAACAAACUUCAAGACACGGGAGUCUGUAGUUCUCUAAAAGGGAGCUCUAUUGUAGAUGAUAACUCCUCUCCUACCGAGAUAGCAGGAUUGCCAUCUUUUGCCCGAACCCCGUUAGUUCCAGAUUCAGGGUGGAGGCCUUCUGGGGUGUUGGUUGCACACCUUCAGGAACAUCGUUCUGCUGUCAAUGACAUAGCCGUUUCAACAGACCAUAGCUUUUUUGUGAGUGCAUCUGAUGAUUCUACUGUUAAGGUGUGGGAUUCUAGGAAAUUGGAGAAGGACAUCUCAUUUAGAUCAAGGCUAACUUAUUGUCUAGAGGGAAGCCGAGCACUCUGUGCUACAAUGCUCCAUGGCUCUGCCCAAGUUGUUGUUGGAUCUUCCGAUGGCACAAUUCAUAUGUUUUCAGUUGAUUAUGUCUCCAGAGGACUUGGUAGUGUUGUAGAGAAGUAUUCAGGAAUUGCUGAUGUUAAGAAGAAUAGCAUUGGAGAAGGUGCGAUUCUUACCCUCUUAAACUACUCUUCAGGUUGUGAUGAUGGUAAAAUGAUUCUGUAUAGCACCCAGAAUUGUGGCAUUCAUCUAUGUGAUACAAGAGAAAACUCAAACUCAUGGACUACAAAAGUGAUCCCUGAGGAAGGCUAUGUGUCUGCUCUUGUCACAAGUCCCUGUGGGAAUUGGUUUGUCUCUGGAUCUUCUAGGGGUGUUCUUACGUUAUGGGAUCUGAGAUUUGGUAUACCCGUCAACUCAUGGCAAUAUUCUGUUGCAUGCCCUAUUGAGGAUUUGUGUCUUUUUGUUCCUCCUCAGAGUACCUCAUUAUCUACAACAGUGAGGCCCCUUGUAUAUGUUGCAGCAGGCUGUAAUGAAGUUUCUCUGUGGAAUGCAGAAAAUGGGAGUUGUCACCAGGUAUUGAGGGUUGCAAAUAAUGACGGUGAUGCUGAGAUCUCUAACCUGCCUUGGGCCUUGGCCAGACCAUCUAGCAAGACGAAUUCUAAAGCAGAUUCCAGGAGGAGUGUGAAUUUUAAGUACAGAAUAGAUGAGCUGAAUGAACCUUCUCCCCAAUCUCCUGGAAUCCGUUCGUUGCUUGCGUUACCUGGAGGAGAUUUGUUAACUGGUGGCACCGACUUAAAAAUUCGUCGAUGGGAUCAUUGCAGCCCAGAGAGAAGUUAUUGCAUCUGUGGUCCAUCCAUUAAGGGAGUUGGAAAUGAGGAAUUCUAUGAAACAAAAUCCAGUUUUGGGGUGCAAAUCGUGCAGGAGGCAAAGAGACGAUCUUUGGCAACUAGGCUGACUGGAAAAGCAGUUCUUGCAGCUGCUGCCACUGAUUCAGGUGGCUGUCACCGUGACGCUAUCCUCUCUCUGGCUUCUGUCAAGUUGAACCAGAGACUACUGUUAUCAAGCAGCAGAGAUGGCACCAUCAAGGUUUGGAAGUAGAGGAUUAUAAAAGUGAUAACUUGUACAUAUUUAGCUUUAGUGCUGCCUAAAACUGUAUAUUAGUUUAGGUCUGGUUACCAUUAAGGUUAUCAGGUCCUGUACCCACUAUAACGAUUGGUAACUUAUAUGAUCUUUCCCCUGAUUUACUUGUACAACAUGUACAUUUUUUCCAUAUGGGUAAUGAAUGAUAGGCAUUUGUUCA